UACCAGUAUAACAUUUCAAAUCUCACUCUCUGCUCUCCAAGACUUCAACUUUCCCUCUCUCCAAAGACUCCCUCUAGUCUCGCGCUCUCCAACAACGUUUUCAUUUAAAAUGCCGUUCAUUUCCGAUACGGCGAGCGCAAUCAAGAGCCGCUUUGGCUUCCACGACCGGUCCUCUUCAUCCGAGUCCGUCUCGUUGUUGUCGGUGCGUAGUCCGCCGGAUCUUCGGCCAAAAUCAGCCGCAACGGAGAAUCCCGUCCAUUCCUCUGCCGUCUCGUCGGCAAUUCGGAGCAUCGGUGACUGGGACGAUGAUGCGACUGCCGAAAAUAGUUCAGCGCCGCCGCCUUCUCAGAGCUUUGAGUUCCGUGAGGAUCCGUCGUUUUGGAAGGACCACAAUGUGCAGGUUAUCAUCAGAAUUCGUCCCCUUAGUAGUUCCGAAAUAUCGCUACAAGGUUACAGGAAGUGCAUUAGGCAAGAGAGUUGUCAGGCAAUUUCUUGGACGGGGCAUCCGGAAUCUCGUUUUACAUUUGAUGUUGUUGCUGAUGAAUAUGUUAGCCAGGAAAAUCUCUUCAAAGUGGCUGGAUUGCCCAUGGUGGAUAAUUGCAUGGGAGGCUACAACAGCUGCAUGUUUGCAUAUGGCCAAACUGGAAGUGGGAAGACUCACACAAUGCUUGGAGACAUCGAGGGAGGCACUCGGAGACACAGUGUCAAUUGCGGGAUGACUCCUAGGGUCUUUGAAUAUUUAUUUACAAGAAUACAAAAGGAAAAAGAGGCUCGUAAAGAUGAGAAAUUAAGAUUUUCUUGUAAAUGCUCGUUUUUGGAAAUAUAUAAUGAACAGAUUCUUGAUCUUUUGGAUCCAUCAUCAACCAAUUUACAGAUAAGAGAAGACAUGAAGAAAGGGGUUUAUGUUGACAAUCUCAAGGAGAUAGAAGUUACAAGUGCACGUGAUGUGAUUCAACAGCUCAUUCAAGGUGCAGCAAACAGAAAGGUGGCUGCCACUAACAUGAAUCGUGCAAGCAGUCGUUCUCACAGUGUAUUUACAUGCAUAAUUGAAAGUAAGUGGGAAUCUCAAGGCGUCACUCACCACCGUUUUGCUCGGCUUAAUCUUGUUGAUUUAGCAGGCUCUGAAAGACAGAAGAGUUCUGGGGCUGAAGGUGAACGCCUCAAGGAGGCUACUAAUAUUAACAAGUCUCUUUCAACAUUGGGACUCGUGAUCAUGAACCUUGUAAAUAUUUCCAAUGGGAAGUCACUCCAUGUUCCUUAUCGAGAUUCGAAACUCACUUUUUUGCUUCAGGAUUCUCUAGGAGGGAAUUCCAAAACAACUAUAAUUGCAAAUAUCAGUCCAUCUAAUUGUUGUUCACUUGAGACGCUAAGCACAUUGAAGUUUGCACAGCGGGCUAAAUUUAUUAAGAACAAUGCAGUUGUAAAUGAAGAUGCAUCUGGAGAUGUUGUUGCUAUGAGGCUGCAAAUUCAACAGCUGAAGAAAGAAGUAUCCCGUCUACGAGGUUUUGUUAAUGGCAGGGUUGAAAAUCUAGAUAACGAUAUAUUGGCAUCAAGCUUUCCAGCAUCACCAGGGUCUUUUAAGUGGGAAGGAGGUCUUCAUGGAUCAUUCAGUCCACUUACAUCUGAUAAAAGGAUGUCUCAGAAGAAAGAUUAUGAAGUUGCUCUUGUUGGGGCCUUCAAGAGGGAAAGGGAGAAAGAAGCCGCUUUACAGGCACUGACUGCUGAAAAUCAGGCAGCUAUGCAGCUGGCAAAACAAAGAGAAGAUGAAAUUCAAAGCUUGAAAAUGAGGUUACGGUUUCGAGAAGCAGGAAUUAAGAGGCUGGAGGCUGUUGCUUCUGGAAAGAUUUCUGGUGAGACACACUUAUUGAAAGAGAAGGAAGAAUAUUUGAAGGAAAUUGAGGUUUUACGAGCACAAGUUGAUCGAAACCAAGAAGUCACUAGAUUUGCCAUGGAGAAUUUGCGACUAAAGGAAGAGAUUAGAAGAUUAAAGUCCCUUUGUGAUGAAGGUCAACAAGAGAUGUUGAAUGAACAAAUUAAGGUGUUACAUAAUAAGUUGCUAGAGGCACUUGAUUGGAAACUUAUGCAUGAAGCAGAUUCCUUAAUAAUUGAGAAAACAAAUUCUAAAGUGGUGUCAGGCAUUACUGAUGAUGGCAAUCAACUGAUCUCUAGUCUGGAGCCAGAUUCAGCUUGGUGCUCUUCACUGAAGGAGGAAAAUGAAUUCCUUAGAAUGCAGGCCAUUCACAACAAGGCAGAAAUGAAUGCACUCCAGAAAAAACUUGAAUUUUGUCUUGAAGAGAAAGAAGAGUUGGAAAGGUAUGUGAGUGAUCUGCUUAAAAAACUUGAAGAAGAAAGAUCUACAAGACCAGUGAAAGAAGAAAUACAGCAAUCAGAGCUUCGCUCAUUGUCAGUGGAUGUGCCAAUGAUCAACCUUAAUGACCAAAUGGAGCUUAAAACAAUGGUUGAUGCCAUUGCAGCUGCAAGUCAGAGAGAAGCAGAAGCACUUGAGAGAGCAUUUAAGUUGUCUCAAGAGAAUGAUGAACUACGAUUAAAGCUUAAGGGCUAUGUUGAGGACAACAAGCAACUCCUUGAUUUAUAUGAACAGAAAGCUGCUGAAAGCAAUUUUAAAAGUUUGAAUGAAGCAGACAGUAUUCAUGAAAAUGACACUAAGGAUUGCAGUGAUGCUGGCUUAGAUGAACAUAGUGAAGAAAAAGAGGUGGACUUGAAGAAGAAUGUUGAGAACCUUGAGCAACAGCUUAUGGAAAUGCAUGAAGAAAAUGAAAAAUUAAUGGGUUUGUAUGAAAGAGCUAUGCAGGAGAGAGAUGAAUUCAAAAGAAUGUUUUCUUCUGGAAGUCAGAACAGAAGGGAGGCUAGAGAACUUGAAUGCCCAGAGAAGCUAGUUGAAGUUGAUGGAGGGGAACACGGUUUGGAUAAACCUGACAAUCAGUUUGAGGCAAAGGAUUUAGAGCAGGAAUCUGAUCUUCUUGGAUCACAAAUGCACUAUGCUGGAGAAAGUCUAAAGUUGAAUAGACUUGAUCAUUUUGAAGUGAUAUCCAAUGUGGAGGUGCAUGCAGAUCUUGCACCAGAGACAGGGAAUCAGAUUGAUGAUGCUACAGCUUCUUACAUGGAAAUAGAGCCAGUAGAUACAACUGCUGCAAAGAUGUUGGAAGAUUUAAAUUCUGCCACAGCAAUACUUGGCCGGGCACAGGAAAAACUUUCAGAUUCUGCCAAGACAGUUACUGAAUUUGGUUACCUUGAAAAAGCGUUCUGUGAGAUUGAUAAGCUUUCCAAAGAGAUUGAAGUAAUGGAAUGUGGAAUAAAGGAGAAGCAGCAACACCUUAAAUCCGUUGCACUCCUUUCUUCAAAAACGAAAGAAAGAAAAGUUCUAACUGAUAACAAGUUAUCAGCAGUCAAAUAUUCUCUAUCAAGCUUUUCUUCUUCAGUUGCUUACUUUGAGCAGCGUGAAGCUCGGGCGAGGGCAAGGUUAAGUGCUUCUUUGUCUUAUUUGGACAAAAAGAAAGAUGAAUUGGCCCAUCUUAAUAAGUCCAAGGGUGAAAUUGAGGCUUCCUUGAUUAAGAUGCGGGAAUCUGAAGCUGAAGCAAGGAGCAACCUUGUUCUCUUGAAAUCAAAACUCGAGGAAGAAAGUAAAAGACAAGAGACUGAUAAGGUUUUAUUUGCCAUUGAUAACUUGGACAAACUAGACUCCUCACAGAGAAAUUUGUGCUUGGCUGGUAAAGCUACUGAGUUAUUGAAGACCGAGGAAGAGAAAAGCAAGUUGCAAAGUGAGAUAAAGUUUUCACGAGAAAGUUUGGGAGCCAUAAAAAUGAGACUGCAGGAUUUGAAUAAGAAGCUUGUAAAGGUAGAAACUGAUACGGAAGCUGUCCUAGUGGAAGUACAGAAAGGAUCGAAGUCAGUGCAGGAGUUGGAGCUUGCGCUGCAAGGUGUAGUUUUAGAGAAAGGUACUCUUGUUGAGAUUGGGGAGAAUGGGAAGACUGAGAUCGAGAGCUUGAUCCUCGAAUAUCAGCAGCAUGUCUUUGAUAUAGAUCUGACCGAGGAAGAGAUGAAGGUAAUGGAUGAAGAAUUGCAGCUUGACUUAGGAAGAGUUGAACUGUUGCAAACACUCAGAGCUACAGCUGCCAAGAAAGUAAAGCAAUUGGCUUCAGGCUUCUUGUCUGAGAAGCUGGAAGCUGAUAUACAAAGUGUUUGUGCAUAUUUUGAGGAGGCAAAGAUAUUGUUAGGAAUGGAUCAUUCAAGUGACAGUUAGUCGUUAUUUAACUGCCUUGAUGUUUCCCACACACAUAUGCACUGACCUUGUAAUUAACAAUUUCUUCUCAUUAAUAAUUGUUCUAUUGCUUCGCUUCCUUAACUCUAUACAGGCAUGAGAAGGAAUCCCAUAAUAGAAUUUUAUUUUUAUUUGGA